UGAAAAAACCACGUGUUGACGAAAAACCAAACCAUCAUAUUCUUUCAAAAAAAUAUAGUAUGUUUUUCUUCGAGGUUUGUUCGAAGGACCGAAAAAAGAAAUUUAGAAGCCUCUACCUUUUUUGAGUUCUGAAUGAGUAUAGAACUCGUUUUAAAAUCAUUAUGAACUGCGGUCGAAACACUCGAAACCGUUUCAUCAGUACCUAGACCUACUAAUCCAUUUGUGGGGGAUGUGAAUCUGGUUUUCCUCGGGCUGUGAGUAAUAUGAUUGAAAUUUAGAAGCCUCUCUACCUUUUUUUGAGUUCUGAAUAAGUAUAGAACUCGUUUUAAAAUCAUUGGCUACCAUGAUGAACUGCGGUCGAAUCCGUUUCAUUACUAAUCCAUUUGUGCAGGAUAUGAAUCAGCUAAAUGUUCGGAGGCUUGCUAAAGCCACAUUCUCCACUUAUUGUCGUCGAUGGUCGAACAAUAACGUUACUGGCGACCGUACCAUGAUUAUGAAACUAUCGCCAAAGGAAGAUAAAAAAGUGUGCUUGAAAAACUCGGAAGUCGAGAUCAUUAAAGAUCUAUUGCAACCUCGUCCCAUUGACAUUUCGAAGUACGAGAAAUACCCAAUACCGCUCUUCGAAAGGUUGCAAAAAGAAGAAAAAAAACUAAAUGUUCGCAGACUUGCUAAAGCCACAUUCUCCACUUAUUGUCGUCGAUGGUCGAACAAUAACGUUACUGGCGACCGUACCAUGAUUAUGAAACUAUCGCAAAAGGAAGAUAAAAAAGUGUGCUUGAAAAACUCGGAAAUUGAGAUCAUUAAAGAUCUAUUGCAACCUCGUCCCAUUGACAUUUCAAAGUACGAGAAAUACCCAAUGACGUUCUUCCGAAUGUUGCAAAAAGAAGAAAAAAAAAUUUAUGCAUCGACAACUAAAGUCGUGGGGAAAACAAGCGUUCUAUUCAAGUUAAUUCCUAUAAAAAUGUACUUCGAAGUUGACACGGUUUUAUAUUACGGGAACGGUGCUUGCUUAGAAGACGUCGUUGUAUCAUCUAAUCAUAAAGUCAGUGACAUUGGCAGGUUCAUCGGAGAAACCAAAGUUCGAGGCUUAUCCGCAAUGCAAGAAUAUUUAGAAAUGCGAUCAUCCAUGUACAUUGACUCUCAAGAAAAAGUACUUGGAGUUGAUUUGAUUUUGGUUGACAAUGUAUUGAAAAAUUAUGUCAAAGAUAUUGUUAAAAAACGUUUUCUCCGGGGUGUAGCACGCGAGUUACUAACCUGUUGUCUUUACAGGCCAAAAACGAAAAUGUUUGUUAAUACCAUUUUAGGAAUGAACUAUCGAAUGAUAAAUGUUUCAAAUUAACUUGUCGCUCAAGUGUAUGUAAAUGUAUACUAAUUACAUUAGAUUCUCAUUUACGUACUGUU